AUGGCCCAGCGGCUGGAUACCCUGGUGUUCAACGGCUAUGCUUGCAUGGCUCCUUUCUGCCGGAAACUGUUUUGGAAGUGGGAAGAGGCAAAGCGUCACAUGCAUCACGAGUGUAAGGCUCUCCCCCGUUCAACAAAGCAUCCAAAGCAGGCUGAAUCCAUCAGGAAGGCACUUGACAUUGGGCGCAAGCACAGGGAAGACCAUCCCGAGCUCAAAGACAACGGAUUCAUUUUGCUGAAUGCAGAUGGCUCAGUGCUGAGGAGGCCACUGGAAGUUGGACGAAAGCAGAGAGAAGAGAAGCCUGAGCUGAACAACGAUGGUAACGUAGACGGCGACGUACGGCGAGAUGGCAAGUCAGAGGGAGCCCCGACCAUCAAGCCCUUGACUACUCAUGUUACUGCUCCAACAGCACCUAUGACAGGAAAGCCAUCAGAGCAGCUGAACACCUCGAUAUUCAAUGGCUUUGCUUGCCUUGCUUGUAGCUGGCAGGCUACGUUUUGGAAGUGGGAAGAAGCAAAGCGUCACAUGCUUGUGGCAUGUGCUACUUUUCCCCGCUCAAUCAAGCGGCCAAGGGAGGUCGCCUCCAUGAGGAAGGCACUGGACCUUGUGCAGAGAGGACACCAGCCCGAGCAGAGAGAACACCCCCCCGAGCGGAACGACGGGGCGAUUUUUCUGAGUGCAGAAGGCGCGGUACCACAAGGGGGUACAUUCCACACAUUCCAGGAAGCCCGAACCAUCGAGCUGUUGACUGUCACGGCCCCUCCAACAGCGGUACCAAAGCCACCAACAGUUGCAGACGGCAGCCAAUCGCAGAGGGGUCCGCCCGCAAAGCAAGAAGCGACCACGUAA